GCUGCGGCUGGAGCUGAGCGCGCCGCGUCGCCCGCCGCCUGUGCGGAGCGUGGCGAGCACACGGACGCAGCCCUUGCUCGCCGCGGAGGUCGCGGUCCGCGCCGCUCCGCCGGCCAGGCCGCCUGUUCCCGGGCCUUUCCGUCCUUGGAACGGGUCGUCGCCCGCCGGGCACCCGUCCGCAGCGACAGCGCCCGCCGGAGCUGAGGCCGCGGUGGCGGCCGUGCCCAUGCCCGGGUAACAGCACGCGGAGCUGUGAGGGCCCUGAAGCUGCAGUGACGGCGCCUCUGAAAUAUUAAUGAGGCUGCUCUCUGCCUCGGCUCCUUCCCUCCCCCAUCCCUGGCUACAUACAGGCCUCGUCCUUGGAACCCUCCUUUUCCCUCCCUGGUGGUCACCAAGGUGCCCACACUUAGCUGCUUCCCCACCACCACCACACCCUGCCUGGGCACUGGAACCGUGGGUGGCUCCCCAUCCUAGCUGCAGCUGAGCCGAGGCUGUCCCUGUGAGAAGGCCCGAAAGGCAGAAUGGGCGACAUGGCCAACAGUUCCAUUGAGUUCCAUCCCAAGCCCCAGCAACAGCGGGAGGCGCCCCAUGUGGGUGGCUUUGGGUGCACAUUGGCCGAGCUGCGUGGCCUCAUGGAGUUGCGAGGGGCCGAGGCUCUGCAGAAGAUCCAGGAGGCCUACGGGGAUGUCAGUGGGCUCUGCAGGAGGCUAAAGACAUCGCCCACGGAGGGCCUGGCAGACAACACCAAUGACUUGGAGAAGCGCAGGCAGAUCUACGGGCAGAACUUUAUCCCUCCCAAGCAGCCCAAGACCUUCCUUCAGUUGGUGUGGGAGGCCCUGCAGGACGUGACCCUCAUCAUCCUGGAGGUGGCUGCCAUCGUCUCCCUGGGCCUCUCAUUCUAUGCCCCACCUGGGGAGGAGAGUGAAGCCUGCGGGAAUGUGUCAGGUGGGGCAGAAGAUGAGGGGGAGGCUGAGGCUGGCUGGAUCGAAGGCGCUGCCAUCCUGCUGUCCGUUAUCUGCGUGGUGCUCGUCACAGCCUUCAAUGACUGGAGCAAGGAGAAGCAGUUCCGAGGCCUACAGAGCCGGAUUGAACAGGAGCAGAAGUUCACGGUCAUCCGGAAUGGGCAGCUCCUCCAGGUUCCUGUGGCUGCGCUGGUGGUGGGGGACAUCGCCCAGGUCAAGUACGGAGACCUACUUCCCGCUGAUGGUGUCCUCAUCCAAGGCAACGACCUCAAGCUCGACGAGAGCUCCUUGACGGGGGAGUCAGACCAUGUGCGCAAGUCAGCUGAUAAAGACCCCAUGCUGCUCUCAGGCACUCACGUUAUGGAGGGUUCUGGAAGGAUGGUGGUGACGGCCGUUGGUGUGAACUCCCAGACAGGCAUCAUCUUUACCUUGCUUGGAGCUGGUGGAGAAGAGGAGGAGAAGAAGGAUAAGAAAGGCAAGCAGCAAGAUGGGGCGAUGGACAGUAGCCAGACCAAAGCUAAGAAGCAGGACGGGGCAGUUGCCAUGGAAAUGCAGCCCCUGAAGAGUGCAGAGGGUGGAGAGAUGGAGGAACGAGAGAAGAAGAAAGCCAGUGUGCCCAAGAAGGAGAAGUCAGUCCUUCAAGGGAAGCUUACAAAACUGGCUGUGCAGAUCGGGAAAGCAGGGCUAGUGAUGUCCGCCAUCACUGUCAUCAUCCUGGUCCUCUACUUUGUGAUUGAGACCUUCGUGGUGGACGGCCGGGCAUGGCUGGCAGAGUGCACACCCGUCUACGUGCAGUACUUCGUAAAGUUCUUCAUCAUCGGUGUCACUGUGCUGGUUGUGGCUGUCCCAGAAGGCCUGCCUCUGGCUGUCACCAUUUCCUUAGCUUACUCUGUUAAGAAAAUGAUGAAGGACAACAACUUGGUUCGCCACCUGGAUGCCUGUGAGACCAUGGGCAAUGCCACAGCCAUCUGCUCUGACAAGACGGGCACGCUCACUACCAACCGUAUGACCGUGGUACAAUCCUACCUAGGGGACACCCACUACAAAGAGGUCCCGGCCCCCAGCGCCCUGACCCCCAAGAUCCUCGACCUCCUGGUCCAUGCCAUCUCUGUCAACAGUGCCUACACCACCAAGAUACUACCUCCGGAGAAGGAAGGCGCUCUCCCACGCCAAGUGGGCAAUAAGACAGAGUGUGCUCUGUUGGGCUUCAUCUUGGACCUGAAACGGGACUUCCAGCCUGUGCGGGAGCAGAUUCCAGAAGACAAGCUCUGCAAAGUGUACACCUUCAACUCAGUCCGCAAGUCCAUGAGCACGGCCAUCCGCAUGCCAGAUGGCAGCUUCCGCCUCUUUAGCAAGGGGGCCUCAGAGAUCCUACUGAAAAAGUGCACCAACAUUUUAAAUAGCAACGGGGAACUGCGAGGCUUCCGUUCUCGGGACCGAGACGACAUAGUGAAGAAGAUCAUCGAGCCGAUGGCCUGUGAUGGCCUCCGCACCAUCUGCAUCGCCUAUCGGGACUUCUCUGCAGGCCAGGAGCCUGACUGGGACAACGAAAACGAGGUUGUGGGUGACCUCACUUGCAUAGCUGUCGUGGGCAUCGAGGACCCUGUGCGGCCUGAGGUCCCGGAAGCUAUCCGCAAAUGCCAGCGUGCCGGCAUCACAGUCCGCAUGGUGACUGGGGACAACAUCAACACGGCAAGGGCCAUUGCAGCCAAGUGCGGCAUCAUCCACCCCGGGGAGGACUUCCUGUGCUUGGAGGGGAAGGAGUUCAACCGGCGCAUCCGCAAUGAGAAAGGCGAGAUAGAGCAGGAGCGGCUGGACAAGGUGUGGCCCAAGCUGAGGGUGCUCGCCCGCUCGUCGCCUACUGACAAGCACACUCUGGUCAAAGGAAUUAUAGACAGCACUACUGGUGAGCAGCGGCAAGUGGUGGCCGUGACUGGAGAUGGCACCAAUGAUGGGCCUGCCCUCAAGAAGGCCGACGUGGGCUUUGCCAUGGGCAUCGCAGGAACUGAUGUGGCCAAGGAGGCCUCUGACAUUAUCCUGACAGAUGACAACUUCACCAGCAUUGUCAAGGCGGUGAUGUGGGGUCGAAAUGUCUACGACAGCAUCUCUAAGUUCCUGCAGUUCCAGCUGACAGUCAACGUGGUGGCUGUGAUCGUGGCCUUCACAGGCGCCUGCAUUACUCAGGACUCUCCUCUCAAAGCUGUGCAGAUGUUGUGGGUGAACUUGAUCAUGGACACAUUUGCCUCUCUGGCCCUGGCGACAGAGCCACCCACUGAGUCGCUGCUGCUGCGGAAGCCCUAUGGCCGGGACAAGCCCCUCAUCUCGCGCACUAUGAUGAAGAACAUCCUAGGCCACGCCGUCUACCAGCUUGCCAUCAUCUUUACCCUGCUCUUUGUUGGGGAGCUCUUCUUCGACAUCGACAGUGGGAGGGAUGCGCCCCUGCACUCACCGCCCUCGGAGCACUACACCAUCAUCUUCAACACCUUCGUCAUGAUGCAGCUCUUCAACGAGAUCAACGCCCGCAAGAUCCACGGCGAGAGGAACGUGUUUGAUGGCAUCUUCAGCAACCCCAUCUUCUGCACCAUUGUCCUGGGCACCUUCGGGAUUCAGAUUGUCAUCGUCCAGUUCGGCGGGAAACCCUUCAGCUGCUCCCCCCUGUCCACAGAACAGUGGCUCUGGUGCCUGUUUGUUGGUGUUGGGGAGCUGGUCUGGGGACAGGUCAUUGCCACCAUCCCCACCAGCCAGCUCAAGUGCCUGAAGGAGGCAGGCCAUGGGCCUGGGAAGGACGAGAUGACCGACGAGGAGCUGGCCGAGGGGGAAGAAGAGAUCGACCACGCUGAGCGUGAGCUCCGCCGGGGCCAGAUCCUCUGGUUCCGGGGCCUCAACCGGAUUCAGACCCAGAUGGAGGUAGUGAGUACCUUCAAGAGAAGCGGUUCAUUUCAGGGUGCUGUGCGCCGGCGGUCUUCAGUCCUCAGCCAGCUCCAUGACGUAACCAAUCUUUCUACCCCCACUCACGCAAUUCUCUCUGCCGCCAAUCCCGCCAGCGCUGCUGGGAAUCCGGGUGGUGAAAGCAUUCCGUAGCUCACUCUAUGAAGGCCUGGAGAAACCAGAAUCCAAGCCCUCCAUCCAUAACUUCAUGGCAACACCCGAGUUUCUGAUCAACGACUACACCCACAACAUCCCGCUCAUUGACGACACUGACGUCGACGAGAACGAGGAGCGCCUGCGGGCCCCCCUGCCCCCGUCCCCCAACCAGAACAACAAUGCCAUAGACAGCGGCAUCUACCUGACCACGCAUGUCACCAAGUCAGCUACCUCUUCAGCAUUUUCUUCCAGUCCUGGGAGCCCACUCCACAGCAUGGAGACGUCCCUCUAACCAGAACUUGUCUCAGCACACGCACACACGCACUUGGGCUCACAGUCACAGGCACGCGCGCGCAGAGGGGACCGAGCACAGUGGCUGAAGGCUUCUCUUGCAGGGCACUUGCAAGAAGCCAGAUCCAUGCCAUGGGGCGCUGCCUGCUGCAGGCUCCUCUGGGCCCAGGGCGGGGCAGGGGAAGAAGAGGAGAGGGCGAGAGGUUCUUCACCCAGGGGGGUAAAAGGGGCGAGCAGACAUGAGAAGAGCGGUGCCCCCACCCUUUUCUACUGUGUCUUUUUUAAUGAACACCAUGUUUGCUGCUAUGUGGGGACGGGGAGCUGACUCCAGUUUAGUGGCAGCCAUGUCACACCCCUGUUGGGAGCAGCCAGAUCAACAUAUUCAGACAGAAAAAGCCUAGCACUCUGCAGGGCCAUGCAGGAUGCUACUGCCCAGACCAAUCGCCUAAAGGAGUGGCCUGCGAAUGUGCCUGGGACCCAGAGCAAGCCAGACACGUGCUGUGCACGUGUGUGUGUGUGCAUAUGCAUAUAUGUGUGACAAGAAUAAGGAACUAUUUAUUGGCAUGAUAUUUCCACUCCUCUUAUCAGGGGUUUUCAUUUUGAGAUUUCAUUAUUGAAUAUAACAAGUUUUGGUUCCCCCCCCCAGGGGACUAGGCUGCAAGAAUAUCUUCUUGCUUAAUCUGUUUCUGUCCUGAACUGUCCCACCCCUCACCCUGACUCCUUGUUCUUCCCAAGGGAAGCUGGAGGCCCCAAGCCCCUCCAACCUGAGCAUUUGCACUUUGAGAGCCUACCCUAGAGAGGAGAUCACCUUUCAGUGGAAUUUUUUUAUUUAAGGAAAAUACCAAAAUAUUGAUGAGAAUGACCCUCUCCAGUAGGUAGAAGGGGAAGUUUUGUUUUCAGCUUCCUUUGCUUUCAACUCCAAUUCCAAAUCCUUAAUUAUGGUUGGUGGCUUCCUUUGUCCACAGCCCCAACUUCAAGAGCAUGAAGCACUGUGUAUGAGGUUCAGGUCCUGUCCCUGCCCCAGGUGACCCAAUGGGACUCAGAACCCUGGGAGCAGCCUCAGUAGAGCACAGAGACAGACCACCCUAACACCAGGUCCCAGGCAGAUGGGGAGAGGGCCAAGAGUCCAAAGCAAACCAUUGAGGAAGAAUGAUCACCAAAACCUGGAGGAGCUGACCCUGUCCCCUCAGAAGUCCUCACUAGACCACCUCAGUGUCUGCUGUGGCACAGGAGGCAACACACACCGACAUGCUCUUCUGAUCCUGCUCUGAUUGUCCAGAUGACAAGUUUAACCGAUGGACACAGAAGCAAAGCCCCUUGGAGCGGUGGCAUUUAGUUGCUAUCACUCUCAUCACACCCAUGGCCAUCUCUCCUGGGCCCAUAGUGGCUAAGCACCAGGUCCCAAGGGGAGCCUCUCCUGGCAGCGUGGACACCCAGCAGGCCAAGCCUCAGUUUCCCCAAAAUGAGGGAAGUGCAGAGUAGGCAGAGGUGAUAGAGAGGGUCCCAGUUUUUGCUGCCCUCCCAAGGACACUUCUUUUUAACGGAAGGGCAGCUCUCUCCUCUGCCUCAGGUUUCAAAACACUCCCAGUGACACCACUGAGGUGGGCAGCACUUGCCAAUGAGGUUCCAUUACCUUCUGGACUCAGGUGUCACAUUUUGCAGGGAGGUGGCUAGGGUUCUACCACAGGUCCUACCAUGAGCCUGGGUCUCAGCUGCUGGAGACAUUAGGGAGCUGAGGGACUUAGGAUCAGACUGGAUGUGGACUGGCCCUCAGGAAUUGAGGCCUCAUCCUGCUUUGACCCACCAACGGGCUUGGCUCACCUCCACUAGCAUCCACAUAAAACCAAAUGGAAAUGUGCUCUGUCCCCACCAUCAACAUUAACACCAUGUCACCCUGCACAGUAGUCAUCAAAUCUCGGGCAAAAGAAUGUUGGUUAGAAAAGAAAAUCCCUUUAAAAAUGCCAGCUACAGGUAACUCAAAGCCAUCCCUUUCUCUAAAGGGCACAUUGAUAAUGUGUUACCCAUUUGUAAAUUGUGCCCUGAUGUCCUUGUUUAAACACCAACAAAAAGGGCAACUCAGUUUGUUGAGGGUCGCUGUUAAACAAGAAAUAAAACUAUUUGAGCCAGAAAUGCUGAGAGCAACAAUGGCUGAUAGACAUUAAAACACAAACCCUCACUGCUGCUGUACAUGGUUGCCUAAUAUAAGUGUUGGUUGUUUAGUCCCUAGGUUGCCUUUGUGCUGGGGUGUGGGGUUCAUAAAAGGGGAACCAUGAACUUGAAUCUUUUGCUCUGGUUUUGCAGUCUUCAGGCCCAGGGACGUCUCUUUAUACAGCAUUAUAUUAUCUGGAAUGGCUUGGUCAGCUGUAUGCAGUUAAUAAAUACGUUUUACAUUUUUAUCUGCUUGUUAUAAAGAUAAACAAGAAAUAUCUUCAUGAGGAAGACCACAAAUGCAUAGUAAUUUAAAGUCUUUAGUAGAAUUAACUAAUUUAAAGAAUAGACCAAAAUUUCUGUGUAUAAAAAAA